AUGAAGCACCCGGCCAUUUUGAUCGAGAAUAUUGAAACGAUUACCGAUGUCCAGUGCUCUAACACCGGUGUUGUUCUCAAAUUCGGGUUGACCGAGGAUUACAAUACCUGCUUGAGUGGCUGGCCUUCGAAAGACUUCAUCAUCAUCACGAACCAUAACAACGGCUGCGACAGCGAGCACGAGCGCGGUAUCUAUAUUGUUCAGGGAUAUACAUUUGACAACGCCACGCUCACUGUCACAGCCUCAGCAACGAGGGCAGAGAUCCGCGACCAGAUGAACGAUGCUAUCAUCGACUUUCAACACAUUGGCACUGCUACCACAAAACGUGAUCUGUCCGGCACUAUCUCGGCUGACCUUUCGGGGUCCACCUUGAUUGCCACUGAUCCUUUAACCAUUGUUGCCAAUGAAGCGAGGUUAGAAAGCACCAUUGGUUUGGCGGGUCAUGUUCACUACAACUUCUGGGAGUUCAAGCUCAGCGAGUUUUACAUCGACCUAGACUACUCCUCAGCUUUGAACCUCAACAUUUCUGCUGCUGUCAGCGCCGAAUAUUCUACCAACCUGUACAAUUACAACCCUCUGUCUGUUUCCGUUUCAGCCUUCACUAUCCCCGGCAUUAUUGACGUCGGCCCUAUGGUUGACUUUAGCCUCGGUAUUGAGUUUGCUGCAUCCGGAACAGUGAAGGCUUCCGUUGACGUCGUCAGUACUAUCUCCGACGUCAACGUUCACCUCGACUUCCUCGACGCCAGUAAAACAUCAACUACCGGCUGGAAACCCCAGACCAACGUCACAACCGAUGUCAAUGCUCAAGUUGAACUUCAACUCAAUCCUUUCGCUGACCUGACCGUCGCUCUUGGUGUCAAGCUGUUCAACGGGCUGUUGGACAUGUCUGCGGGUGUUGAGGCUAAGCCCACGGUCGUAAACGUCUUUGCUUUGGACCUCGACUUUUCCUACACCAGCGCGAGUGGCGUCACCUUCACUAAGCCCACAGAGGACCAGUGCGUCAACGGUGCGUGGUUUGCUAGCAACUUCCACUUCGGUGUUGAGGCGUUCGUCACGCAGUUCUAUACCAAGACUUUGUACGAGGUUGAUGUGCCAAUCUACAAGUCUCAAUGCUGGAACUUUGCCAGUUAG